AACGACAUCUUAAUGAAUUUUCCACCGUGAAUAAUUGGAACUUCCAAAUUGCACUAUAGGCGUUUGUACCUAUAAUUUCCAAAGUAAAAUGUAGCAAACAUAGAAUAAAACGAGGUGGAGGCUCUCGCGAUUGGCGAAUUAGGAUGCAAAAACUCUCGCGCUCCAAAACACGACAGUGGGAAUAAAUAAACAAAUAAAUAAAACUAGCCAAGCCAACACUACAGACAACAAUUUCUUCUCAGUUCUCAGUUACCCCAUUGACACGUGACUUUCUGAUUCCCACUUAGAAAGAAAAAUAAUCGAUACAUACAUACAGCUGCUUCCCACUCCUCAACGCAACAAACUCUCUCUCUCCCUCACUCACUCUCACUCUCUCUAUCCCUAAACCCCCGCCGCCGCUCCUCCUCCGCCGUCGCCGCUCUCUCCUCUGAAAAAAGUUAUGAAACCACCGCCAUUUCCACCAUGCCCUUAACCAACCCAACCCCAAGCCGCUCCGGCCGCCUCAUCAUCUCCUCCUUCCUCUUCCUCCUCCUCCUCCUCUUCUCUCCGGCCACCGCCGCACCGGAACCCGACGCCGUCUCCCUCCUCUCCUUCAAGUCCAAAGCCGACUUGGACAACAAGCUCCUCUACACCAUCAACGAGCGCUUCGACUACUGCCAAUGGCAGGGAGUGAAAUGUGCCCAGGGGGGCAGAGUCGUCCGUUUCGUCCUCCAGGGCUUCGGCCUCCGCGGCACCUUCCCUUCCGCCACGCUGAGUCGACUCGACCAGCUCCGAGUCCUCAGCCUCCACGACAACUCGCUCUCCGGCCCGAUCCCUGACCUGUCCCCGCUCGUCAAUUUGAAGUCUCUCUUCCUCAGCGGGAAUUCCUUCUCCGGGAAUUUCCCUCCUUCCAUUCUCCUCCUCCACCGCCUCACCGUCCUCGAUCUCUCCCGCAACAGCCUGACCGGUCCGGUCCCGCUCGGAUUGUCCGGGUUGGACCGCCUCAACUCCCUCCGCCUCGAGUGGAAUCGCUUCACCGGAACCGUCCCGCCUCUCAACCAGUCGUUCCUCGUCAGCUUCAACAUCUCCGGGAACAAUCUCACCGGCCAGAUACCCUUCACCCCGACGCUCUCCCGCUUCGACACGACGGCGUUUCUGCUCAACGCGCCGGAUCUCUGCGGCGAGGUUAUCAAUAAGGCUUGCCCUUCCAACCGCCCUCCCUUCUUCGAGCCGUCGUCGCAGGGGAACGCCACCUCUCCGGCGGUGGCUUCUUCUUCUGCCCCGCUCAACCAGAGCGCGGAAGCGCAGUCCGGAACCGCGGUCUUGGCGCCUCCGGCGCGGAAGCGUCGGAAGGUAACCGCCGUUUUAGUGUUGGCCGCCGGCGCUUCCCUGCUCGCUCUCGCCGUCAUGUGCGUCUUUCUGGUCCAAGCCAAGAGGAGGCGCGGGAACCAGAGCGAGCACGCAGCCGCGGAAGCCAAGCCUCCACCUCCUCCGACGAAUUUCUCCGGCUCCGGGCAGCAGGCAACUACUGGAGGGAAGUCCUCGGAGAAGAGCGGAACCGCCACGGCGGCUGCCGCGGCGAUUGUGAGUUCGGAAUCGAGAGUAGGGUUUGGAGGGAAUCAUCGGAGCGGGAAUCUGGUGUUCUGCGGCGGAAGAGAAAAUCAACAUUCCCAGCAGCAAGGGUAUAAUCUGGAGCAGCUGAUGAAAGCAUCGGCGGAGCUGCUGGGAAGGGGAAGCGUGGGGACAACGUACAAGGCCGUGCUGGACAACCAGCUGAUUCUGACGGUGAAGCGUCUGGAUGCCAACAAGACGGCCAUUACCGGCAGCGAGGCGUUUGAGAAGCAUAUGGAGAUUGUGGGUGGGCUGCGGCAUCCGAAUCUGGUUCGAAUCAUGGCUUACUUCCAGGCAAAGGGUGAAAGGCUGGUGAUUUACUCUUACCAGCCCAAUGGCAGUCUCUUCAAUCUCAUUCAUGGUUCCAGAUCAACGAGAGCAAAGCCGCUUCACUGGACAUCCUGCUUAAAAAUAGCAGAAGACGUGGCUCAAGGUCUAGCCUACAUCCACCAAACCACGCAGCUAGUCCACGGCAACUUGAAAUCCUCCAACGUCCUCCUCGGACACGACUUCGAGGCCUGCAUUACGGACUACUGCCUCGCAGCCCUCGCGGACACCACUUCGUCAGUCGAUGACCCUAACUCGGCAGCGUGUAGAGCUCCGGAGACCCGCAAGUCCUCCUCUAGCAGGCGGGUCACGGCCAAGUCCGAUGUUUAUGCAUUCGGGGUGUUGUUAUUGGAGCUCCUGACUGGGAAAUUACCAUCUCAGCAUCCGUACCUUAUGCCUGCGGAUUUGCUGGACUGGGUUCGGGCGAUGAGGGAUGAGUGCGAUGGCCGGGAAGAUAACCAGCUGGGGAUGCUGACCGAGGUUGCGAGCUUGUGCAGCUUGACCUCUCCAGAGCAGAGGCCAGCGAUGUGGCAGGUGCUGAAGAUGAUCCAGGAGAUUAAAGACAGCGUUGUGGUGGAGGAGAGUGUGAGUAUUGGGUAUGUAUAGAGGAAAGGAAGACAAGAAAAGAAAAGGGCAGGAGAAGGGCAGUGCAGGCAGGGAUGGUGGAAUGAGAGCAAAGAGACAUUGUUGAAUUGGGAUCCAUUUCUGAUGGAUGGAAAGAAUAUGGUUGUUGGGAGGAAUGGAACGUUAUUACAUGGCGUGUUGUCUUUCUUUGCCUUCCCCUGCUUCUGGUUGGGAGGGGGCUUGAUUUUUGUUGUAAAGGCUUUGUUGUAUCAUUCCUCUGGAUUUUGGACUCACUGCGCUAAUUGAUUUAGGCUUGCUUUUUCCUCCUUGUAGAAGAAAUUUGCUUGCUGCUAAUUCCUCUCUUUUUUCUGGUAACAGAGAACCUUCAUCUGUAGUUGACAUUUUGGUUGCAGGCCAAGCUCCGGUACACAGUCGGUUGGCAGUCGCUCGGGGAGGGGGUGAAUAGAGGUAGUUCAUGCAUCCAUGGCCAUCCUGCAAGGAUCAAACACACGAUCUCUCGUGUCGUGUGACGAACUACCAGUUGAUGUGUCUAAAGUCUAAACUGGAGAUAGAAAUAAUUGUAUGAUCAUGGAAAUAUGAUACAGUAAGUCUAAAACUGAAGGGAUAAUUUGCUUGUAUUGUAUCCUCAUGGAGUAUGAUACAAUAAGGGUUAUGCUUACAUAACUUAUGCCAGAAUUUAUUCCCUUCAACAGGAAGGGAACAAAGAAUUAUGAUACAUAACAACAACAGUGAACGGCCAUCAUCUAGGUCGAUCCAGGGUUACAAAAAUGAUACAUAAUGGUACAACAGUGGAUUGAUCCAGGGUUGUGAGUAAAGUCUUACACUGGAUGCAAGCACAACGAUGGUUAAGUUGGUCUUUUUUACUUUCUUUUGUCAUUCUUCUCUUCCCGUCUAAUGAGAAAAUGACAAGCGUGAUGAAUUCUGAUUGGCAAGUGCUAUAUCAUCUUUGCGUAAUCAAGCAGCUCAGUACUCAAUGGACAGUUACCACAGUUGAUGAUGACGCUGAAAGAGCAAUGGCAACAACCUGUUCUCUCAUCAUUUGCUCCUUAAAGAGUACCAUUUUUCUGGGCCUCGCUUAGAGUUAACAGCUUCACUAGCUCAACUAAUCGAUCCUUGAUGUCCUUUAUCUCCAUCUCUCUUCCCCACAACCGACACCUGUUGAUAAAAGGAGUAUUAUAACUACAUUUACCAGCAGAAGAGAAGCUCACAGUCCCAAGGAAAGAACAUACAUGUUCCAUGCAAAUGUACCAUAAACCAGUUCUAUUCAGAUAAGUGAUAACCCUAAAUCGAGUGAAUUAAUGGAUAUGUUCAGG